AUGUUCGGAAACAAAUCAACCAGGAUAGAAAGGAAGUUUGUUGCCUUGUUUGAUUGCAGUGGGCAUCUAAAUCAGUGGUGUAUCAGCUUGUCUAUGCCAACUAGUCAAGUCAGUGAAAUGCUAAGACAUGCAUCUACGUCUACUGUGGCACGCCUUUUAAGCAACCUUCGUAGCCAUCACCAAGUUUCUUCUGUGCUUUGGUUAUUACAUUCAGACCUUCAUGAAGUCAGGGUCACUGCUGUUUUUGAGUACAUGGCCUCUAUGCUGGCCAAUUUAGAACCAAUGACUCUAAUGACAAAUGGACAAAGAGGCAACCCUGAGAACCUUUCUUUGCUUGAACAGAAUUUUAAUAGGGGGAAAUUUUAUGUGCGCUUCAAACGAAGAAAUGGACGUGUUAGACUGAUGUGUGAAGAGUUUUGUGUGGAUCAAUCAGGCAUUAAAUUUUCCACUGUUUCUUCGGAAGAUGGAAUGCUCACUCAAAGCCUUGUGCCAAAGGUGCAAUUCAAUCUUCAGCUUUCGGAAAAGGAGCGUAUUGACAGGGCCAAAGUUGUGCUUCCAUUUGAGCACCAGGGAAAUGAUAAAGAAAUUCACAUCUACGAUGGCCGGAGAUCUGUUGAUGGAAGCAAAAUUGAGAAUAAAGACACUCCUGUCGAGAAACUGCAAAUGACUGAGGAUUCUGGCAGGGGCGACAUAAUUUACUUCCGUGAUUCAGAUGAUGAGAUGCCAGAUUCUGAUGAAGACCCAGAUGAUGAUUUGGACAUAUGA